AUAUCUGUGCCAAAACCAGAGGUGGUAACUGGCUCUGGAAAAAGAACCCUUUAGCCUGAUCCCCAGUAAUAAUCCCAUUAUUAGGUUUGAGGGACUUGAACUGUUCUUCGUAACGGGCCCUUUCUCGAGCCACUAUGACCCAAGGAUCUGUAGACGGGGUCCCAGCAGCUGACAUCAUAAGAACCUAUACUUAUAUGAAAAGCUAACAUAGUUCUUAUGUAUAUUGAAUCUUUGAUAAUCCACCCCUUUGGCCCUUUGAUUGAAAUCAAUAACAACACACUUUGAAAGAUGAUCUUAUUGCAAGUGAACAUAAGGGCGAAAAUCGGGCCCUUUUUUUGAUUUUGACAACAUGGCAGAGUAAGUGGGUCAUCGUUUGGUAGGCAACCAAUUAUACAUUUUUAAAAAUUUAUAUUAUUUUGUAUUUCUCAUUUGUUAUAUACUUAUUUAUUUAUAUAAUGAAUGAUAACAAAAUGCGAUUGAAAAAUAUUAAAUAAAGGGUUAUCAAAAAUCAAAUAACAUUUGUAAGAAAAAUAGCUGUACUAAAUAAUCAUACAAUUCUAACAAUAAUACAAUGAGCUACGACGACGUUAUCCCUUUGCUAGGCGAUUUCGGUAGGUACCAAAAGAAAAUCUACUUCUUGUUGUGCCUGCCGGCAAUUUUGUGCGCCUUUCACAAAUUGGGAAACGUUUUUCUUAUAGCCGAACCUAAAUCCAGAUGCAUACUCCCCUAUGAAACUGCAAAUAGCACCUACUACCUAAACCAAUCUAUUUUGGAAAAAUGGUACCCUCACAAUGGCACCUUGUGCACAAUCAACGACUCAGAAAAAAUAUCUCAGAAAUGCUCAGAAUAUAUUUACGACCACACUACUUACGGUUACACGGCAGUUAUAGAAUGGAACUUGACUUGCGAUAAAGCUUAUUUAAUAGCCAUAGGAAACUCGCUUUUUAUGUUUGGAGUUAUGUUUGGAUCUAUUAGUUUUGGAGAAUUAUCAGAUAGAUGGGGCAGAAAAAAAACCUUUUUCCUCUCAUUAGUAACCCAAGUCGUAUUCGGAGUCCUGGCAGCGUUUGCUCCAGAAUUUUGGAGUUUCACUAUAGCCAGAGCGGUAGUGGGUGCGACAACUUCCGGAGUAUUUUUGGUAGCUUACGUUGUAGGUUUGGAGAUGGUCGGAGCUUCGAAACGUUCCAUAGCAGGCACUGUAAUGCACAUGUUUUUUUCAGUAGGGUACAUGUUGACGACGGUGUUUGCCCUUUAUAUAACCGACUGGAGACAAUUGCAGUUUGCUUUGACUAUACCUGGAUUGAUUUUUAUGUCUUAUUGGUGGUUGAUACCAGAAUCAACCAGAUGGUUGGUGAGCAAACGCAGAAUAGAAGAAGCCAAGAAUUUAAUACAAGUGGCUGCAAAGUGCAACAAAGUCGAGAUUUUAGAUGAGACUUUGGAUCGCUUACUUGUAGACACUGCGGAAAAAAAAGACUUGGUGGCACAAAAACAACAUUCAAUUUUUGAUAUUUUCAAAUAUCCCAGCUUAAGAAAUCGUUCACUUGUAAUAUUUUUCGAUUGGUUUGCCAAUAAUAUAACAUAUUACGGCCUGUCAUGGAAUACAAACAACUUAGGAGGCAACCCUUAUAUAAACUUUGUAAUAUCAGGCGCAGUGGAAAUUCCAGCUUAUGUGUUUUUAAUUUUGACAUUAAACAAGUGGGGCAGGAAAAACGUUAUGUGCAGCUGUAUGAUUGUUGCUGGUACAGCUCUACUUUUAACCAUGAUUGUACCAAAUGAUUUACAUUGGCUAUCUACAAUGUUAGCAAUGAUAGGAAAACUAGCUAUUACAGCCAGCUACGGUGCUGUGUAUAUAUUUUCAACUGAACAGUUUCCUACUGUUGUAAGAAACGCUGGAUUGGGUGCAGGAUCAACUUGUGCUAGAGUAGGAUCUGUUAUAGCUCCUUAUGUUAAUAUUGCGGCUCAUAUAUGGAGGCCUUUGCCUCUGUUGAUUUUUGGAAGUUUGGCUUUAAUAGGCGGGAUUAUGAGUUUGACUUUGCCUGAGACUCUUAAUAGGAAGUUGCCCGAAACUUUUGAAGAAGGGGAGAAUUUUGGAAAGAAAAAUAUUGAUAUUCAAUUGAAUGGAGUUAUCGAUGCUGGAAAUGCUUUGCUUAAUGGGGAGUCUGAUAAGCAUUAGGAUUUUUAGGAGCCAGGACCUUAGAGUUACCAAUUAUGUGAUUGUGAUUUUCUUUUUUAUUGCAUUUAAUUGUAUUGAAUAAACUUUGUGUAUUUGACUUAUUUGAGGAUCCAA